GGCGGCGGCCGGGCCGGGCGCGAGGGCGCCUGCGUGCUGAGGCGGGACGCGGCCCGGCUGGCCGGCUCCGGCGGCGCCUGGGCGGGGCGGCGCGGUGGCGGCGGGCGCGGGCGGCGGUUGCUCGAGCGCGGCGGCGGGCGCGGGCGGCUGCGCGCUGACGGCGGCGGGCGGCGGGCGGGGGAAGAUGGCGGAGCUCGGUAAGAAGUACUGCGUGUACUGCCUGGCCGAGGUGAGCCCGCUGCGCUUCCGCUGCACCGAGUGCCAGGACAUCGAGCUGUGCCCCGAGUGCUUCUCUGCCGGCGCCGAGAUCGGCCACCACCGCCGCUACCACGGCUAUCAGCUGGUGGACGGCGGGCGCUUCACGCUGUGGGGGCCCGAGGCCGAGGGCGGCUGGACCAGCCGCGAGGAGCAGCUGCUGCUGGAUGCCAUCGAGCAGUUCGGCUUCGGAAACUGGGAAGAUAUGGCCGCUCACGUUGGAGCUUCCCGCACCCCCCAGGAGGUGAUGGAGCAUUACGUAAGCAUGUACAUCCACGGAAACCUGGGGAAAGCCUGCAUCCCCGACACCAUCCCCAACCGGGUGACCGACCACACGUGCCCCAGCGGAGGGCCCCUCUCUCCCAGCCUCACCACCCCCUUGCCUCCCCUAGACAUCUCGGUGGCCGAGCAGCAGCAGCUGGGCUACAUGCCGCUGCGUGACGACUACGAGAUCGAGUACGACCAGGACGCCGAGACGCUCAUCAGCGGGCUCUCGGUCAACUACGACGACGAGGACGUGGAGAUCGAGCUGAAGCGCGCGCACGUGGACAUGUACGUGCGCAAGCUCAGGGAGAGGCAGCGGCGCAAGAACAUCGCCCGCGACUACAACCUGGUGCCCGCCUUCCUGGGCAAGGACAAGAAGGACAAGGAGCGGCCGGCCAAGCGCAAGAUCACCAAGGAGGAGAAGGAGCUGCGGCUGAAGCUGCGGCCGCUCUACCAGUUCAUGUCGUGCAAGGAGUUCGACGACCUGUUCGAGAACAUGCACAAGGAGAAGAUGCUGCGGGCCAAGAUCCGCGAGCUGCAGCGCUACCGGCGCAACGGCAUCACGAAGAUGGAAGAGUCGGCCGAGUACGAGGCGGCGCGGCACAAGCGUGAGAAGCGGAAGGAGAACAAGAGCGCGGCGGGCGCCCGGCGGGGCAGGGAGGACGGCAAGGACGGCGAGUUCGCGGCCAUCGAGCACCUGCCCGGCUUCGAGCUCCUGUCCGACCGCGAGAAGGUGCUCUGCAGCUCCCUGAACCUGAGCCCCGCGCGCUACGUGACCGUGAAGACCAUCAUCAUCAAAGACCACCUGCAGAAGCGACAGGGGAUUCCCUCCAAAAGUCGCCUGCCCAGCUAUUUGGACAAAGUGCUGAAGAAACGGAUUUUAAAUUUCCUCACGGAGAGUGGUUGGAUCUCCAGGGACGCCUCCUGAAGCAGCGUGGAGAGUCGGGGCGCGGCUCCGGGAGCCAGGAGGGCCGGGGGUGAGGGUGGGGGAAGGAAGCGCUUUUCCCCCCACCGUUGUUGCUCUUUUUUAAGCAAAUUGAGUUCCUUUCUUUUAGGCUAUAAAUUCUCUUCGUGGCCCUCUGAAAGAA